AUGCCAACCCAACAGGUUCGCCCCAAAACAACCCCCAUCGAAGUAACAUUUGGCAUCGAGCUCGAAUUAGCUAUUGCCUCCGUACCCGACCAAUUCCUGGAUCCCCAACCCGACGAUCCCCGUAGAGUCCACGGUAUCACUCGACCCGAGGACUUCAACCCCAAAGAUUUUCUUCCUUACAUCGAUUUGCCCCAAAAGGAAAAUGGAGUUCAAAGAGGAUGGUCUCUAGAGUGGGAGGCACAAUUCAAUGCUCUGAAACGAAACAUCGCUAAGCUUUUAACUAAUAAUGGACUCCCUGCUGUUGCCGAUUGCGACUACAGAGAUCCCGUAGAAUUUUCUUCUGACCCUAAGAUUGAUGAUCUAAAAUUUUGGAUCAUUUCUAUGGAUAUGACUAUCAUGCAUGGUCCUGGCGAGCCCAGUAAUCCAAUUUAUUGGUAUUGGCCGGUGGAAAUCCAAAGCCCGGCAUACAUCUACAAUGAAGAAAACAUACAGAAGGUAAGAGAUGUGCUACAAAGUAUUGACAAAGUGUACAGAACUCAUUGCGAUUCAAGCGCAAGCAUUCAUAUUCAUAUCGGUAACGGGCAGAAAGGGUUUGAUUUGCGUACUAUUAGGAAUUUUAUGGCUUUCGUUUGGACUUUUGAGGAACAAAUUGCAACUAUUCAUCCCCCUCAUUAUAUGACUGAUCAGGCAUUUUCAAAACCGGUAAGUACACAUAGUCUUCUUGCGUUCACGUCUCAAGUAGCGCGAAGUGAGAUAGAAUUGACCGAGGACAGGGAAAAUCAACUUAAAGAUCAUGAUAAAAACUACGUCAUAGACAGCAUCAUGAAAAUAGAAAGCAUUGACGACGCAGUCGAAUUAUUAUCAAAUCCAGAACUGAAGACCAACCGCCUCGCCGAAAGACUUACAUACUCGAUAUGCAACCUAGAAAGCGGUAGAGAGAAGGUCAAGAAAACAAUUGAAUUCAGACAGCAUCAGUCAACUCUUGAUGACGAGGAGGUCUAUCAUUGGAUUACCGUCUGUAGAUCCUUGGUUUACAUGACUAGUGUUGUGGACGAAGAAGACUUGAUUGAAUUCUGUAAGAAAUAUAUCAAUGAGACAGUUGAGGAGUUCUCGAUUACGGAAGUCCUGAUGGCGAUUAAUCUUCCGGUGCAAGCUUAUUAUUAUGGAGUCAGGGCCGUGGUAGAGAAGCACCAGAAAAAAGAGGAGGAGCGCAAGCAACAGUAA